AUGGUUGUUCAACAAACCGGCCUACGUCGCAUUUUGGUAACAGCUUCGGAGCGCCUGGUAUUUUGUCGACCCUUUCCUGAUGUUCCUUCAUCUGGUCGCGGAUUCACUUGGCUCAUCGGCAGCGAACUAAAUGCUGAUCCAGUUGCACCGCCAACUGAUGUUGCAGAAAUAUUGCAAGAACUUGCAUCCAUGGAACCUGGAUCAGAUUCACCACCGCCAUUAAUGGUGAAAUACGUGGAGAAACAAAUGAGUUACAGAGCAAAUAUCUUUGCUGAGAAUAACAAUGGCAGUAUAGUACUCGGGCCUUUGCUUUACCAGAAGGGUAUGAGGAAAGAGUGGAAGGAAGAGGCCAGAAUCGUAGAGCGGGGAUGGGCCCCACAACUAGAGGUGUUAGGACACGCGUCAACUGGAGUUUACUUGUGCCAUUGUGGUUGGAACUCUGUAAUGGAGAGCAUUUCAAUGGGAGUUCCAAUUGCUGCAUGGCCAUUGCAUACAGACCACCGUAGGACCGCUUUGUUAUUGAUCAAAGGCUUGAAAAUAGGAAUGUACGUUAGAGACUGGGCGCGUAGAAAUGAGUUGGUGAAAGCGGAGACAAUUCAUAAUGCUGUAAAGACUUUGAUGGAUUCGCCUGAAGGUGAAAAAUUGAGGCAAAAGGCGGCGGAGCUGAAGGAUGUGGUGAAAGCAUAG